UUUUAAAGUGAGAGGUCCUAUAAUCCUGGAUGUGUCAUAUGAGAUAUAAGAUCAUUUCCAUUAGGAAGUAAUCAAGAGCUAUUAUUUUUUAAGGAUGUGAUUUUAUUUAUAUUUGUUCAGGGAGAUGUGGCCAGCUUAGCCUAAAAGAUGAAAUGGUUCUCUAUGAUCUCAUCAGCAACAACUAAAUGCUGCUUGAACAUCUCUUUGGGCAGUUUUGUGCCAAGUACUGAGAUGAAAAAUAUGAAGUAAGCCAUAAUACAGGUCCUUUAAUAGAAAAUGGGCAAAAAUUUGUUUGAUGGCAAAAUCUUUCCUGAAGUCAAAUGGUCAGAAAACAUGAGUUGAACUUGACAUUAGGCUAGUUAUAAUCUUCCUUUGUGCCACUCUGUGUUUCACUACAGAAGUUUUCUUGCCAUUGACUACAGGGUGCUGUCCCAGAUCUCACUAGAAGUGUUAUGGAGAAAAACCCCAAACUCUACAAAUUCCAAAAUAUAUCUAGCCCUAAGAGUUUCAAAUAAGAGGUUAUAAAACUGAGCAACAACGAGACAGCCCUUGGUGGCCGUCAGUUUAACAAACAAGUGCCUGGAGAUCUAGAAGAGGGUGGGGGUUUGCUACGAAAACGUUAGCAGGUCCAGGAAACUUCCUGCAAGGAGAGCACGUAGCUGAGACUCGAAGGAUGUUCUCAGACAGCAAGAGUAGAGGACUGUUACGUGACACAACACCAGAGAGUGAUAGUCCCACUGCAGUCUGUGAACGGCACCCCACGGACAGUCAGCGACGGUGUGCAGGACCGGUGAGAGAGGUUUCUAGGUAGGAGCGACCAGCAUGAAAGGCACGAAGGAGGCAGUGGACAUGGUGCGUCCAGGGAUCUGUAAGUAACCAGUGCCAAGAUCACCAAGUUUACGUAAGGAAGCAACAGAUGACAGAUCGGUACAAUCUAAGACUCUGGGUUCUUUGCAAGACGGGAUAGCGCUUUCCCAUAAGGUCACUGGUUAUAAGCAGAAUUCUACUCCAACAGCCCCAUGGGCAUGUAAACACAGAAAAAUACUCUAAACUUUAGUCCCUUGAUAUCCUCCACCUGUUCUUCUUGUCUAAGAAAGGUUGCUUGGUGCAUACAAUCCACUCUGAGAAAGAGAUCUUUAGAAAUAUGUGUUAUGUAAGCUUUUAUCUUGCAAGUCCUGUUAGGCAGGACUUUCAUUCAGAAGAAAGAAAGAAACCUAAUAAUUCUGAACUUUUCACCGUGUGCUUUGUCCACAAAAUGGAAACCAAACAAGGUUUAAACACUAGCAGGCUGCAUGGGAGCAUGUUUUAAGUUUCAUAUACUCCAAGAUUAAGGUCUCAUGUCCUCAGAAGACUUCCAUGCUGCUGCAAUACAAAAGGGGAAAACAGUGGAACCAGAGCCAUCUGGACGUUUGUUCCACUCACCCGUCCAUUUAUUCACUCAGCAAGUAUUUGGGGAGUGCACCGUGCAUAGGCCAUGAUGUUAGGGAAAGCUGCAGGUAAGAGGUACAACAGGCAGCCAGCAUUUUAAAAUCAGAGAAAACAAGUCCUAGAUUAACUAUAAUAUCAGUGAAUAUGCGAUUAGGCCAGUAAAGACGAUCAGAGCUCGGCAGAGGUGGAGACAGGAUGACUCCUGGUUGGUAAGAAAGAGACAAGGAAAGGCAUGAUGGAGGGACAAUUUUUGAGCGGGUCCUUGAGGGUGUAUUUGGACCAGGAGAAGUGGAAUUGCCGAGCAGAGAUGGAAUCUGAAAGCAGCUCAGGGCAGACUGUUGACAUGCACUCACUACAUUCUCAGAUUAGCCUCUGACCUCGCCCUCCGGUUGCCCACGUUCCAGUGGGGAAGAUGAGAGACAGGGACACAGUCAUAACCCAAGACGGGCCAUGAUAACGUGACCACGGCUGCUUGGAUCUCUGGGUCUAGGACAGCUCUCUCAGCCAGAGGCAGAGUCUCACUUCCUCCUCCCCGCUCAAACCCCACCACAUGCUGAAACUGAAAAUACGAGCUCUCUGAAGCAAUGUCUGCUGUUAUGUAAUACAUCUGUUUUCCUUCGGGUGUAGAACAGUCCUUCAGGGAGAAUUCCAGGGGCUGCAGGGGACACAUUCUUCCUCCUCCUGUUAUGAUUGGCUGCGGUCAAGAGGCAAAGAGCAGAGAUUCAUUCAGGGUGGAAAUAACCCAAGGUCUUUCUCUGUUUCCCAGCAGUCUUAUGUUUUUGUUAACCAGUCGCUGCCUGAAGCUCAGGCCUCCCUCCCUUCAGUCCACACCUGAGAAAACCCCCUCCCUUGUCUCCUCCCACAACCACCAACAAAAGAACCAAGCCGAAGAAGGCAGAGCCAGCAUUUACCAGUCCGUAUUCACCAACUCUUCCAAAGAGAUGAUGUGCUUCCCAGACUUCCCGUAUCCUGAUGACUUCCCCAACUAUAUGCACCACAGCAAGCUCCAGGAAUACAUAAGGACAUUUGCUCAAAAGAAGAACCUUUUAAGAUAUAUACAGUUUGAGACCCUGGUUUCUAGCAUAAAGAAAUGCCCCAACUUCUUAGUCACCGGACAAUGGGAAGUUGUUUCGGAGAAGGAUGGGAAACAGGAAUCUGCUAUUUUUGAUGCUGUAAUGAUUUGUUCAGGACAUCAUGUGUACCCCAACCUACCAACUGAUUCUUUUCCUGGCCUACACCGGUUUCAAGGCCACUACCUCCACAGCAGGGACUACAAGGACCCAGAAGCCUUCAAGGGGAAGAGGGUCCUGGUGAUCGGCCUGGGGAACUCUGGAUCUGACAUUGCCGUAGAGCUCAGUCGUCUGGCUGCGCAGGUCAUUAUCAGCAGCAGAAGUGGUUCUUGGGUCAUGAGCCGGGUUUGGGACCAUGGCUAUCCUUGGGACAUGGUGUACGUGACCCGUUUCGCAACCUUCCUCCGGAAUGCCCUUCCUUCAUUUGUCUCCGACUGGUUAUAUGUCAAGAAGAUGAACACAUGGUUUAAGCAUGAGAACUACGGCCUGAUGCCUUUAAAUGGUCCCCUGAGGAAAGAACCUGUAUUCAAUGACGAGCUUCCAUCCCGCAUCCUGUGUGGUACUGUCUCCGUCAAGCCCAGCGUGAAGGAGUUUACAGAGACCUCGGCUGUGUUUGAGGACGGGACCGUGUUUGAGGCCAUUGACUACAUCAUCUUCGCAACAGGCUAUGAUUACGCCUACCCCUUCCUUGAUGACUCCAUCAUCAAAAGCAGAAACAAUGAGGUCACCUUGUUUAAAGGCAUCUUCCCCCCCAAAAUGGAGAGGCCUACCUUGGCUGUGAUUGGUCUUGUCCAGUCCCUUGGGGCUGCCAUCCCCACGGCUGACCUGCAGGCUCGCUGGGCAGCUAAAGUGUUUGCAAAAUCAUGUACCUUGCCAACUACAAGUGAAAUGAUGGAUGACAUUGAUGAGAAAAUGGGGAAAAAACUCAAGUGGUUCGGCCAGAGCCAGACUUUGCAGACGGAUUACAUCACGUACAUGGACGAGCUGGGCUCCUUCAUCGGGGCCAAGCCCAACAUACCGUGGCUCUUCCUGACUGACCCCCAGCUGGCCCUGGAGGUGUUCUUUGGUCCCUGUAGCCCAUACCAGUUUCGACUGAUGGGACCGGGGAAGUGGGAUGGGGCCAGAAAUGCCAUCCUGACCCAGUGGGACAGGACAGUAAAGCCAACCAGGACAAGAGCUGUCUGUGAAGCUCAGAGACCCCAACACUUUCAUAAUUUGCUCAAAAUGCUUUCAUUCCCAGUGCUUUUGCUGGCUGUUUGGCUCACAUUUUACUAAUGAGAAAGCCCUUGACGUCUCAGAGUUUAGCCUCGAAGUUUUAUCACAGACAUCUAUGUAGUUUAAUUCCAGAUGUAUACACAUGUGCAUACGUAAGAUCUCAUAGCUACGUCUUCCCCUCCUGCAGAUAUAAAAAUGAAUUCGGGCCCAUUUAACUGAAAGUCUCAAUAAAAUGGAAGACACUCAGCCUCUCCCUUUCGGAUGAGGCUCUACACUCUAGAAAGGGUUUUCAUACGAUGCACUGGCCAGUUUGGAGAUGCCCGAGAUGAGGAAGAGGAAGGGGAAGGGAGUAAGCGCAGAUGUGAGAGACGGACAAACGUCAGUACAUUAUUUCAGGGUGUUUUAUCAUGAAUCAUGAUUUCCAUUUUAUCAUGACUUCAAUCAGAAAUGACAUCACAACAAUAAUGAACCUUCCAACCCGUGACACAGUGUAUCUCUUCCUCUACUUAGAUCUUCUUUAAUUGCUCUCAGCAGUGUUUGUAGUUUUCUGUGUAUAGUUCUUACCCAUCAUAUGGCAGAUUUAUCCUAACUAUGUGAUAUUUUUGGAUGUUAUUAAAAAUGGUAGUUAAACAUUGUUUACAGCUUAUAUUUAGAAAUGCAAUCGUUUGUUCUAGUAACUUUCUUAUAGAUUCCAUAAUACUUUCUACAUAAAUAAUCAAUUUGCCUAAAAAUAAGAUAUCUUUACUUCUCCAGUUUCUAUUUGGAUGUCUUUUAUCUCUUUCGCGAGCCUUAUUUCUUUGAAACUCCAAUAUAAUGUU